AUUCGACGAGCUAUCAACCUCUCGUGAAGUGAAGUUUCUUCGUCCGACGAAUUAUAUUUUGAUUGAUAAUCUGAACAUCCUUGGUGAGAAGUAGCUGUCUGAAAUGAUAACGGGAAAAGAGAUUGCAUCAUUGUUGUUGUCACUAUGUUUUCUAAAUCUUGCGUGCGGUGAUAUGUUGUACAGUCUCGUAAAUCGAGAAGACCCUUGCAUUAAUUUGUGUGAAAAAAUGCCGUUAUCUUUCACCAAUAGCAAUUAUGUUAAUUCAUGUUGCCAACGAGGGUGCCGAUUUUUCAAUUUGGUGGACUUACAUUAUAGCUUACGCUUAGAACCAAAUAGUUUAAAUGGUACAAGGGAUGCCUGCGAAGCUUCAUGUACAGAGGCAUACGCGACACCACAAGACCGUUAUGCAUGUAGCACUGGCUGUGAUUUUAUGGCCAAGCAGCGUGUUUCAGAUUUACUAUCACUUUUUUCUGUAGCCAUUUAUGUAGAGGAAGGUGUGGAUUCCAAUGUAUUUUUAAUGUCACCUGAUAUGCCUGAAAAUGAUAUUCUGAGUGACCCGGGCUUGCGAAAGGAACUUCUUCCAGGAUGGUGGGAUUUUAAUGGAUUUAAAUUACCGCAAACAUAUAUUAAAACUGUCCCAUUAGAUGCUGGGACAGUGGAUUAUGGUAUACCAUCAGACUACUCUGGAGAAAAUGAUCAAUCAGCUUCAUCGCCCGGAUCUGAUUGGGUUCAAUGCACUUCAACACAUAUUGGGUUACCACUCUGGCUUUUAGUUUCUGCUAUUGCAGCAGCAGCAUUGUCUGCACUUUGGUUGUGCUUAUAUCCAGAGAAGCCUAAUGAUCCUUAUAAGGAAAUCCUUAUUGAAAAGUCUGAGAUUCCUCCAGCAGUUACAGUGUACAUACCAGAAGUACCAUUGCACAAGCAGCCUCCACCUAAGUAUUUUGAUACUGUAGAUCCAACAGACAUUAACAUGAAAGUUUAGGUAGAUAUUAUAAUUCUAUCAUUUCUUUGAUCAGUUUGAAAAUUGUUUAAAUUUCAGUGUAUUAGUGCAGUUUUAAAUAAACUGCAUCUGUAUUAAGUACAAUAGGACUUUGUGAAUAUUACGAUUAUUCCGAAGUAACUGCACUUUCGGUUUUUAGUCAAAUUAUCCAUAAGUACAAGAUAAGCUUUUAAGAUGAUUCAUGUAAAAACAAAGCCUCAGAGAAUUAAUUCAGGCUUUAAAAGAAGUAUACAAAGAUUAAAAUCAAAAUCGACAAAAUAUUUUCUGGAUGAAAUUUACGGUAACGUUUAUGCUUGUAAUGAAAUUAUUUUUUACGGAACAACAUUGUUUUUAUAGUAGAAACUUUUUUUAUUAUUCUUUUUCCAAUGCAUACAUGACAUAAUUGAAGUUAAUCCGUAAUAAAACUUGUAAGAUGAAAAAGGAUGUGCACACAUAUAAGACUGCAAAUUGCGUACUUUAUUAGUAAUUUAGUCAGGAUUAAAAGCUUUUGUACUAACAUAUUAUUUUUCUAAAUAUGAUGUAUGAAUAUAAAGAAGAAAAAUUUAAAUACUGGUAAUCAUUAUGAUAAUUUAGAAUGUUUCAGUAUACUAUUCUCGCAUUGGUUUGGCUUCCUAAUAUCGAACAUAUAUUUUGUAUGCAAAACGAAAUGGUAUGAUUUUUCUCAAAAUAUCAAUAUUACUAAAAUCUAUAUGCUUUUGCGUUCUUUAUAUUCAACGUUAUAGUAAAAUGAAAGGUAAAGUUUAGAUAUCGUGGAGAUAAUAAAAGUUGAUGGGAAGAAGAUAUACAUACAUAUACGAAAUUUAUUUUGGGAACUUCUUUUCUAUUCUCAGUUUCCAGUUUAAAUACAAAAUUAAAGAAACAAACAUAGUACAAUGCGUAGUUGAAAGAAACUUUGAAAUGUUGGUGUACACGUCUCCAUUCAGUGAAAUUUGCGAAUCCAGUAUGAUAUAUGAUAAUGUAUCAUGCGACUACGAGUAUUGAAACACCAUUCGGAACUUUCCCAUAGUACAUUUUAACUGCAUUACACAGAAACAUAAAUUUGAUAUUUUCUCUUACUAUAUAAAUUAAUGUAUAAUUAUAAUAUAUAACCAAUGUAAGACAUUACUUGUAAACAGUUAAAAAGUAUUAUAAUGUCUUCGUGUUAGAAUAUUCUAAAACAUUAAAUAUGCAAUUCUUCAUAGUUUAAUGUGGGACUGAAAUUGAAGAGUCAAUCAUUUAAUGAUACAUAUAAUUAUGGCUGUUUACGUUAUAAAUUGAUAUUACUUUUAUGUUAACGUAAUGUUAAAAUUAUAAAAUUUAUGAUGGUUUUAAUUGAAGAAAGCACUAACGUAAUCAUGUUAAGAAUGCAAUGUUAAAAUGACGCACGUUAUUGUUAUACCUUUCUUGAUGAAAUCUUGCGAUGUAAAUUGUAUCAAUUAUUAUUACAGGAAUUGAUUUAAAAUAUGUACUCCGGAAAUAUGUUUUUUUUUAAUUCAAAAUUGAAAAGAGUAAAGUGGAAUUAAUGGUCAUUGCUUCAAAAGGAAUUGUUAGUGCGUCACGAGAGCAUAAGGGAAAAUAAAGUUAUAUCUUUUUUUUGGUUUAACUAAAUGAAAUAAUGUAAAUAUUAAUACAUUUAAUGUAUAAGAAAGUAUAUUUCAAACCAAAGUAUCAUGUUCCUUACAUAAGAUAUUGCUAAUUUACUGUAUUAUUAGUAAAAGUAAAUGUUUGUUAUCUCACUAUACACUGUAAAAAAUAAAAAA